AUGUCACAUAGAAAACUUCAGAAGGAAGUCGAUGCCAUUUUCAAAAAAAUUAAUGAAGGUAUAGAUUUAUUCAACUAUUACUACACGCGACAUGAGGCCUCAAAUAAUGACUCUCAACGAGAUAAAUUGGAAGGUGACUUGAAAAAGGAAAUCAAAAAACUUCAGAAAUUCCGAGAUCAGAUUAAAACAUGGCAACUGAACGACUCCAUCGAAGCAGCCAUUGUUCCAUCGAGACUACAGGAGCAUAGGAGGCUAGUGGAGGAAGCGAUGGAACGCUAUAAGGAUGUAGAAAAAUCUUCUAAAAUGAAGUCGUAUUCUAAUCAAUCCAUAAUGUUGGCAGCGUUAGAGCAUGAUGAGAACCGGAAUCUAACUCCACUAGGUUUGGAGUGUGUGGAGUUUUUGGAGACUUGCAUUGAGGAAUUGACUGAGCAAAAUGAAGAAUUGGAACUGGAAUAUGAAAAGUUGAGCCAGAAGAAGACUUCGAAGAAAAACUCGUCGCAUCUUGAUGAAAGGAAGGCAGAUAUUGAUACCUUUACUGCUAAGAAUAACUUCCAUGUGGAAAAGAUGGAGCACUGUAUACAGUUUUUGAAACGAGGUAGGAUUCAAGCAGAGUUGGUGGAGUUCAUAAAAGAUGACAUUAGCUUUUACAUUGAACUGAACCAAGAACCCGAUUUUAUUGACGAUGAGACUUUAUAUGACGAAAUAUUCAAGGAAGCCGCCAAGGUAAAGGAAGACCCAGACCUGGUGCAGCCACCAACACCACCACAAAGUGAUAGUGUAUUAAACGGAGGUGUAGAAUUUGAUGUAGUACCGUCGCAAACAGCCGUCGCUGGUAACGGUACACAAAUGGAAUCAGUUUCAGGUUCACUUCCAUCUUCCUCUGGUGCUCCAAUCUCUUCAGCUGGUUCUGCUGUGUCUCAUAGUAAUUCGUCAUCUUCAAACCCUACGACGCAAUCGCCAUCUCCUCACAAACAUAACACUACAUCAACCCCCAUUAUGGUUCCUCAUGUUAUCCCAGGAAGUCCUGAAUUUACGAGUCCGGCUAUCAUUAAGACGUUGAAGCCUGCUACUGCUCCAAGUAAACCAGUCGGUGCCUUGAAGUGGGCAACCGCAGCAGCUGGGUCGUUAGAACUCAAAGAUAAACAACCAACCCACCCACAAUUACAACAAUUACAGCAACAGCAACUUCCACAGCAACUUCCACAGCAACAAGAUGAACAACAGUUACAAUCUGUGGGAAGCCAAAGUGAGCAGCAGCAACUGAUGAAGCAGCAAGCCAAUCCUGUGAUACCUGAGCAGCAGUCUAGUCCACAAUCGUCGAUUACAGGUAUGAAUCUGUCAGCUACAACUUCGGUGACUCUCCUAGGUAAGACUUACCCGCUUGACUCUGUACUUUCAUCACUUUCAGACGUUGAACAAGAUCUAUUCUCAGAUUUAAGUUUAACAAAAUUGCCUCCAGGAAUACAAGAUCUUAUCUUGUCCUUUACAGCCAGUAGAAAGACUCCAACAGUUGGUGCGUCCAAGGUUCUAAUCCACCCAUCAUCGUUAAAUUUGGCUGCGUACAAUCAAUACUACUCACCAGUUGAGAAGCCGUUCUUGCCAAAGCUUUUGAGAUCUUCUUUCUAUCCGUACUUAACAUCGUCAGAUAUUAUUAAGAAACCAUCUCAGCAAACCUUGAAGCCUCCUCCCAAUUUGCUCAAGCUUCAAUCAUACUGGAAUAAUAUUCGUACGUCUACUUCAAAUUACGAUAUGUAUUUACAGCAAAUACAGAAUUUGUCGUUGUCUACUCCUGAAACGGUUCCUGAGAACCUCACAAUUGCCAAUGAAUUGACCAUGGUGUUAUUUUACGGUUAUUAUUAUGGGGUUGUACCGUUAGAAAACUCCAUUGCUGAGCUUUGCUUAUUCCAAUUAGGCUGGAAGCCGUACAAGACCAAGGAGAUCACUAACUUGAAUGAAGAAGUGUCAAGGAAUUAUUACCAUUGGUUCAAGCCAGUUAAGGUGCAUUCCAGUGCAAUUGGACUCAGUGGAUUUGAAUUCGGUGAUUACCAAGUGUUUGAUUUGUUGGCGUGGGAAAUCUACGUGAAGACGAAUUUCAAGUUUGAUCCUAGCUUAUGCCAGAAUGAACCAUCUGCUAAAAUAUAG